CUCUCUCUCACACACACACACACACACACACUCAGCCCACAGUGCUCUCUCUGUACAGUCGCGUGCUCAGCCUGGAAAGCGUGCACACUUUGUUUUCUUCUCUCUACCAAGUGCGGGAUAAGGCGACGGGAGAAAAUGCUGCCAAAGAGCUCGGUUUUACUCCUCACUCUGUUUAUCUGUUACUUCACUCAGGAAGUUGGCGCCCAGGUGUCUUUAACUAUAAAGGACGUCAUUGAAGUGUAUAAAGGCGAUUCAGUCGUUAUCCCCUGCCAAUACAAUUUUGAGCAGGUUCCCAAAACGGUCACGGUGCAAUGGUUUCUGCGUGGUUCUUCAGGAAGACGAGCGAGGAUCUCUUACAGCGACCUCACCAUGCAGAAGGUGGACGAGAAUACGCCCUACACGGACCGGAUCAGCGUCGCUGCGCUCGCCAAUGGCGAGAGCCUGACUGUCGUGGAUGUCCAACUCAUGGACGAGAGGGACUUUUUUUGCCAGGUCAACGGACUUGCAGCGGGCAUCGCAGAGGGCAGGACCCACCUAAAGGUUUUCAACCCCCCGGAGCUUCCUGUGAUCGAAGCGGUUGAUGUUGGAGUUUCAGUGACAAGUGAAUUACCAUCAAAGAUUGCGACUUGUGAAACCCGAAAAGGCUACCCCAAGCCGAACAUCACCUGGUAUCGCAACCACGAGCCUCUGCACCCCGAAAAUGGCCAGGUGAAUGUGGUUACCCUGGUGACCAAGAACCCCAGCGGGCUGUUCACUGUCGAGAGCGAGCUCCAGUAUAAAGUUGCCAAGGAAGACAGCGAGUCUGUGUUCUCGUGCGAGGUCAGCUAUUACGUUCCUGGCGCUGUCCGAACUGUUGAGUCCAGAGCUGUCAACGUCACCGUGCACUACCCAACAUACAACAUGGAGAUGUGGAGGGAAUUGCCCGAAGGCCUGGUCAAAGAGGGAGACACGGUGGAGAUCCGUUGCCAAGGCGAUGGCAAUCCCCCGCCGACCAUCACUUUCAGUCGAGAUGGUGAUGUAGGUCUGGAAGUUGAAGACAACCUGCUGGUCCUGAAGGAUGUGACACGCAAAGACAGCGGCCUUUACAAGUGCCAAACUCUGGACUCGGUUGACCCUGAUGUAGGAGCGAGCCUGCAGCUUACCGUGAACUACCUUGACCCAGCUGUGGUGGUUCCCAAAGACUCAGAGAUCAUGCUGAAAGGAGAAAGUCUGACAGCCACAUGCAACGCUUUGUCCUCUCAAAAGACGUCCACUGUCUGGUUUAAGGAGGGGGUCGAGAUAAGACGAGGAAACGUGCUGCUGCUGCAGGACGCUACUUUCGAAACUGCCGGACACUAUGAAUGCGAGGUGACCGUUCCCGGCAUCCCAGGCAUGCAUACCAGUGGAUCGGUUCAUAUAAUAGUGCACGGUGUCCCUGAGUUGAAGGAUGUCGAGAGUGAGGUGGCUUUGUUUGAGAAGGUGGGCAAGUGGCUGAACCUGACCUGCGAAGCGCGAGGGUUCCCUCGACCCGUUAUUACUUGGAACGUAACCGGCAGCCCUAAUUCACGUGAGGUUGUAAGGAGAGAGACUGAUGAUGUCGUUCAAAGCAUCAUGACUCUGAAGGUGACCAUGGAUACGGUUGCUACGUGCAGCGCGACAAAUGUGAUGGGUUCGGAGACCAAGAACUUUACCAUCACAAGCAUUCCGCUUAUAACCCCGACAGCGAGGAACACUGCAGUCGAUAACAGCGGCUUGAUAAUCGUAGUCAUAAUCGUCAGCCUUCUUCUCUUGGCCAUCUUGGGCAGCGUCGUGUACUUCCUGUAUAAGAAGGGCAAGCUGCUCUGUGGACGUUCCAGCAAACAAGUGAUCAGCAAAGAGACGACCAACAAAGAUAACAUCGUGGUGGAGAUGAAGGCAGAGAAGAUGCAGAAGACAGAAAAGUCGGUACUACUGAAGGGCGUCAAUGGCAACGGCAAAGCUCCAGACAAUGAGUAAAGUACACCGACCUGCACAAAUGAUGCAAAAAAAAAACAAGGACAGAAGAUGCCACCUGAAGCCCACUCACUGUCCGCUUAUCAACCCAACGAAGACGAGUUACACGGACACGAAUAACAUCUGCUGGAACAGCUGCCUUUCGUAAAAAAAGAAAAAUGUCCAUUUACGAGCUCUGGUGUUCCCGAUUGGCCAUAUUGAACCUAAUCAAGCUCGUUUAGCCAUACCAGUCUUUUCUAUACUUAUUUUUUUUGAGGGGGGCCAAAACACUUUAAUUUUGUUUCUGUUUAAUUCUCAACCACCUGAGGAAUUCAGUGUCACAUUGUUUCAAUGUAUGACCUUUAUAAAACUUGUAUAUAGUAUAUAUAAUAUUUAGCAAGGUUAAGUGGAACCAUAAAACAAAUUGAAAUUCUUCCCUGAUCUAUGGAAUACACCAGUGAGAUAAAAAAUCAAAAAUAUCUGUAGUGUAUUUUCAUUAAAAAAAAAUACACUUUGUCAAACAGUAUUUCUUUAAACACUACAUCAUUACAACAAGUUGGACCAGGCCAAGACAAGUACAAGAAAUAAUCACAUUCCUCGAUAAUCUUUCCUUUUUUUAUUAGGACCGCAUAGUUCUCGUUCGUUUCAUGAUGGUGACCAGAUAGUGACCUCAAAUUCUGCUCGCGUACAGUCUAAUUACGUCCAGUCCUCUUAGCCAAUGAGCAGAGAAGCCGUUUAUCGUACUGACCAAUAAACCCUAGAGCCAGUCGCCACUUUUGAGGUUUGUUUUUCUUCGAUCAAAGAGACUACUGCUUUUGUAAAUAUCGUCACCAGACUAAACUGUAGCUGUGUUUUGACUGCCGAGGGGAUUCACGACGCCCUCUUUUUCUCUGCCUCACGUUGAUCAGCUGCAGCGUCUGAUUGUUCAUGUUUGUCACACUGAGACACUGUUACACUUCUUUUUUUAAGGCAGGUUUUCUAAGUUUUUUUGUGUGUGUGCUUGUUUAAAAGAAAAGGUGAUUUCACGAGUUUGUGUUUCUCUUUUCAAACCAGUUGGAUGAGUCGUGGGAUUUUAUAAGACAGGAUGUUGUGUAUAGGUUUAUUCACCUCCAGCCAGGGUUUGACCUCUUAUACUGGCCUAUAAUACUGUAAGUCUGAAUUGAAUAAGAUUCAUUAUUCAGAUUCUUGUUCCGCUUAUGAUUUGUGGUUAUUUGUUGAAAUCCGAGACUCAUGUCAUUGUUCAUGUUACAAAAUGGUGUUUUAAGACUAAUUUGCCAGCCCUUAAUUGUUAGCUAGUCUAACAAAAAUAGAAAAAUUUCCAAAGCAAUUUAAAUUGUAUGAAAGCAAAAUUGUACCUUUGAUUUUUGGCAAAAAAGUUAUGUAACUGCUAUAUACAGUAUGUGGAUGUCUUCAAAUGUUUAUAAAUUUUUUGGACACCAAUGCAAAGGUCAAAGUUAAUAUAAAGUUAGCACAUGAUUUUUUUUUGGUAAAAAUAUAAACAGUCAUUAAAAAAAGUUUUCCAUCUAUCCAUUGUUGGACGAUUUGUUCAUCUGAUGGAUCACAUGCUUUAUUUUGGCCUCGCAUCCUAUUAUAAUUGGAAUGCACAAAGUUAUAAAUUGGCUCGAAUUGUGUAACUCAAACUUGUCUUAACUCCAGCACACAUUUCACCAAAGUAAAAAGCAAACCGCUAUAAAAACAUGUUUUAAAUUCUCUGAAUACUUUCAACCAAUCAAACAUCCUCGUAGACUACUAAAUUUCGUGACACGGCGUCUCGCGGCUCAUCUGCGCGGCUCGGCGAGACAAGUGUGUAUAUAUAAACCUGUUCAUCCGUGUGGUUCCUUGUUUUUCUAGUAAUGUUCUAGUUCUGCUUAUGUGUGUGUAAAUUAAGAACGUGAUUUGAUGCUUGUGUUUUUUGAUACACUGUAAUUUUUUUUCUUUUCUUUUUUUGCAUAAAACAAUACCAAAUAAAGAUACGUUACACUUUAAAA